AUUACAGGUAGUCCACGACUUACAACACUUCAUUUAGUAACUAUUCACAGUGGCACUGAAAAACCUGACUUAAGACCAUUUUUCACACUUAUGACUAUUGCUGCAGCCCCAUGGUCACGUGAUCUAUAUUUGAAUUCUUGGCACCUAACUCACAUUUAUGACGAUUGCCCUGUUCUAGGGUCACGUGAUCCCCUUUUGCAGGUCCACAGAUGUGGCUAUUGUGAGCAAAAUGUGUAUUUCAAAUCAUAACUAAGUGGUUAUCCUGAUUGUGAGAAAAACCCUUUGAAUGUCCUGAAUGUGGGAAAGGUUUUGGUCACAAUUCCCCGUUGGUGGUACACCAGCGGGUUCACACAGGAGAGAAAACCUUUGAAUGUCCUGAAUGUGGGAAAGAUUUCAGUAAUGUCCAACGUGGUGAUACACAGGAGGACUCACAAAAGAGAGAAAACCUUUGAAUGUCCUGUUUAUGGGAAAAGUUUCGGUCACAAUUCCCACCUAGUGGUACACCAAUUGCUUCACACAGGAGAGAAACCCUUUGAAUGUACUGAGUGUGGGAAAAGUUUCAGCAGCAAUUCCCAGCUAGUGAUACACCAGAGGACUCACACAGGAGAGAAACCCUUUGAAUGUCCUGACUGUGGGAAGUGUUUCAGUCAGAAGUCCCACCUGUUGAGACACCAGAGGACUCACACAGGAGAGAAACCCUUUGAAUGUCCUGUUUGUGGAAAAAGUUUCAGUCACAAUUCCCACCUGGUGGAACACCAAAGGACUCACACAGGAGAGAAACCCUUUGAAUGUCCUGAAUGUGGGAAAGCUUUCAGUCAGAAUUCCUACCUAGUGAUACACCAGAGGACUCACACAGGAGAGAAACCCUUUGAAUGUCCUGACUGUGGGAAAGGUUUCAGUCAGAAUGCCACACUAGUGAGACAUCAGAGGACUCACACAGGAGAAAAACCCUUUGAAUGUCCUGAAUGUGGGAAAGGUUUCAGAGAGAAUUCCGAGCUAGUGAUACACCAGAGGACUCACACAGGAGAGAAACCAUUUGAAUGUUCUGACUGUGGGAAACAUUAUAGUCAGAAUUCCAACCUGGUGAGACACCAGAGGACUCACACAGGAGAGAAACCCUUUGAAUGUCCUGACUGUGGGAAAUGUUUCAGUUGCAAGUCCACCCUGUUGAGACACCAGAGGACUCACACAGGAGAGAAACCCUUUGAAUGUCCUGACUGUGGGAAAGGUUUCAGUCAGAAUUCCCACCUACAGAUACACCAGAGGACUCACACAGGAGAGAAACCCUUUGAAUGUCCUGACUGUGGGAAAGCUUUCAAUCAGAAUUCUCAACUGAAGACACACCAGAGGACUCACAUAGGAGAGAAACCUUUUGAAUGUCCUCACUGUGGGAAAAGGUUCAGUCACAAUUCUGACCUGGUGGUACAUCAGAGGACACACACAGGAGAGAAACCUUUUGAAUGUCCUGAUUGUGGGAAAAGUUUCAGUUGCAAGUCCACCCUGGUGACACACCAGAGGACUCACACGGGAGAGAAACCCUUUGAAUGUCCUGACUGUGGGAAAUGUUUCAGUCAGAGUUCCCACCUGGUGGUACACCAGAGGACUCACACAGGAGAGAAACCCUUUGCAUGUCCUGACUGUGGGAAAGGUUUCAGUCACAAUUCCGAACUGGUGACACACCAGAGGACUCACACGGGAGAGAAACCCUUUGAAUGUCCUGUCUGUGGGAAAAGUUUCAGUCAGAAUUCCCACCUGGUGGUACACCAGAGGACUCACACAGGAGAGAAACCUUUUGAAUGUCCUGGCUGUGGGAAAAGUUUCAGUAACAGAUCCACCCUAGUGACACACCAGAGGACUCACACGGGAGAGAAACCCUUUGAAUGUUCUGAUUGUGGGAAAAGUUUCAGUCAGAAUUCCUCACUGGUGGCACACCGGAGUACUCACACAGGAGAGAAACCCUUUGAAUGUCCUGUUUGUAGAAAACGUUUCAGUCACAAUUGCCACCUGGUGGUACACCAGAGGACUCACACAGGAGAGAAACCCUUUGAAUGUCCUGACUGUGGGAAAGGUUUCAGUCGAUAUGCCAGCCUAGUGGUACACCAGAGGACUCACACAGGAGAGAAACCCUUUGAAUGUCCUGUUUGUGGGAAAAGUUUCAGUUACAAUUCUGACCUGGUGGUACAUCAGAGGACUCACACAGGAGAGAAACCUUUUGAAUGUCCUGACUGUGGGAAAAGUUUCAGUAACAGAUCCACCCUAGUGACACACCAGAGGACUCACACGGGAGAGAAACCCUUUGAAUGUCCUGACUGUGGGAAAGGUUUCAGUUACAGAUCUACCCUAGUGACACACCAGAGGACUCACACAGGAGAGAAACCCUUUGAAUGUCCUGUUUGUGGAAAAAGUUUCAGUCACAAUUCCGAACUGGUGGUACACCAGAGGACUCACACAGGAGAGAAACCCUUUGAAUGUCCUGACUGUGGGAAAGGUUUCAGUCAAAAUGCCAACCUAAAUUCUAGCUCUUUGAAACAUCAGAAGUCUCACACUGGAGAGAAACCCUUUGAAUGUCUUGACUGUGGAAAAGGUUUCAUUUCAAAAUUACAGCUCACAAAUCACCAAAUGAUACACACAGGAGAGAAUGCUUUUGAAUGUGCUGACCGUGGGAAAAGUUUCACCAAGAAUUCCAGUCUGGUUAAACACCAGAGGACUCACACAGGGGAGAAAACGUACAAGUGUCCUGUUUGUGGCAAAAGUUUCAGUCAGAAUUCCAACAUGGUGAUUCGCCAGAGGUCAUAUGAAAAACCCUGAAUGCCCUAUUUAGCGAAAAGUUUUCAUUUCAAUUCAAACCUAGUGAAACACCAGGGAGCAUGUUUCACAUGGGAGCGCCUUUCAAAUGGCCAGUCUGUGGAUAUUCCUUUUGGCCAAAAUGACUCCUUUUCGCAGGGGUGUCAAACUAGAUUUUAUUGAGGGCUGCAUCAUGGUUCUGUUUGACCAGGGUGGAGGGCUGUGGUGGAAGUGGACAGGAGGGCAUGGCUAUCUUAAUUGUGUUGGGGGCCCCUGUGGAAGCCAGAGUGCUUUGCCAACAAAAAUGGGAUCCCGAGUUCCAUUUUCAGCUGCAGUGGCCUCCUGCAACCCUCUGAAAAUGAAAUGAAUGAAAAUGGAGGUCGGGAGGGUCUCCUGAGUCCCCCACAACCUCCAUUUUUAGUUGCAAUGGCCUCCUGCAACCCUCUCCCAGUGCAAAUGCUGGCAGAGGCACCAUGGACCAGUCCGCUGUUUUCACAAAAGCUCUGUGGGCCAGAUUUAACCACCCUGCGGCCCGCAUCUGACCCUGGUCUUUGAGUUUGACACCCCUUCCUUAUUGCAUACAACUCAA